GGGAGGGCGGUGAAACUAAAGCCACCUUGCGGUGUAGAAAGCUCUUCUUUUUCUACUGAGCCAAGAAUCAGCAGGUCCUUCCUAGAGCUCGGUUAUGGGUUUGCUUGUUCUUGAGCAUCUGGUGUUCGUUUUGCAUGCAUGGCUGGAUGCGAUCAUGUAUAGAGCGCGCUUUCACUUUUUUUGUGUAACUACUUUACCCUUUUACUUGCAUUUGUUUGUGACCCACCGCCUGCUGGUGCCCCGCGCUGUGCAACCCAGCCAGCUCAGCCCAGCUGCCUUUUUGCUGUGGUGUACUGUGGAUCAGUACUAUUGCUACUGUUAUUGACUGAUAGAAUGAUGGAUGGGAUGGACUUGCUGACCUGUGGUGCCUACGUUUAGCACCAUGAUCUUGUAAUGGGUACGAGAAGUACAUAUAUG